AUGCUAAGCAUCUCGCGCGCUCGGGACUCGCCCGGUAACGGCGCGGGAUUCAGAACACAGUCGGCGCCGGCGGCAGAGCCCGGCCGGGGGCGACUUGCUGGGACCGACGCCCACGGCCCCGGCGGCAGCCCACCCACCGCGCCCGCGCGCCCCCCCAGCGCCCCGCACUCACCGGCGCAGCGGCUGACCUGGGAAGGCACUGGCCCCGGGUUACCGUCACGUCGGAGAGAGCGGGCGGCGAGCCGGCGGUCGGGGGCCGACGAGCGAGCGCAGGCAGCACCGCUCCAGCUUCACUUGGCAAGCUUUAGACUGCUGACCGGGACGGCGCCCGGCAGCGGCCCCUCCCUCGCGCCCCAGCUCCCUCGGGGUCGAUGCCCGAGGGCACGUGAAAGGCGUGGCGCUGCCUGCCUGGCUGCGAUAAGCGCCCGGCGUCUGGGCUGA